AUGUCUCUGAUGCAAAUAUCAAAGAAGCUAUUUGGGGGCAAGGGAACAAUAAAUCUCCUGGCCCAGACGGGUACAAUUCUUUCUUCUUCAAAAGAACUUGACAUAUUGUUGGGAAUGAUUUUUUGGCAGCCAUCAGGAUUACAUGAGAAGUUUAUUGGCUGGGUCUUGGCUUGUAUUACUAAACCUUACUACUCAAUAGUGUUCAAUGGGAGUCUCGUUGGCUAUUCCAAGGGUGCACGAGGUGUUAGGCAGGGUGACCCCCUCUCACUAUAUAUUUUUGUUAUGACCAUGAACGUUCUAUCUAGCCUUCUGAAUAUGGUUGCUAUAAAGGGAGUAUUUAGCUUUCAUCCUAAGUGGAAAAAGGUUGGGCUCACCCACCUUUGCUUCGCGGAUGGUCUUCUCAUAUUCUGCAAAGGUUCCUUUGACUCUGUAAUCAGUGUGCAUGUAGUUUUAGACAUGUUCUACUCUAUGUCUGGUUUAAAAUUAAACGCCAGCAAGUGUGAAAUGUUAUAUGCUGGGAUUUCUACUGAGUUUUGCAAUGCUAUUAAAGAUACCACCGGCUUUAAGUUGGGUAACCUUCCAGUUCAUUACUUAAGUGUCCCACUUGUAACCAGAAAACUCGCAGUGAAGGACUGCUACAAUCUUAUUGACAAGAUCAGGGCCAAGUUGAAUUUGUGGGCCAACAAGAAUCUCAGUUUUGCUGGGAGGCUUCAACUGAUCCGAGUUGUCCUUUUCAGCAUGGGAUCUGAUUUACCUGCUAAAGGGGCUCGUGUUAGCUGGAAAAAGAUCUGUUUAAUGAUGUCUGAGGGUGGGUUGGGUGUUCAAGCUAUUGGUGAAUGGAAUAAAGCUUGUGUUGUGCACCUAAUCAGGAAAUUACUAGCAAAUGAGGGCUCUCUUUGGGUUGCUUGGAUGCGAGCCUAUGUGAUCGGGAAUGAUGACUUCUGGCAGAUGAAUAUUCCCAUGAAUGUGAGCUGGGGCUUAAAAUACAUUUUGAAAAUCAGACCUAGUGUCUCCCACCUAUUUGCUGGCCCGGACCGUAGCUUGAGCAUUAGAAGCAUCUGGGAAGAUCUACGAACUAGAGCUCCUAAAGUUCCUUGGCAGCAUGUUGUUUGGUUCCCUGGGCGUAUCCCUAAACAUAAUGUCAUAGCGUGGAUGGCCAUUAAUUAUUGA